AUGGUAGGCGCUGAUAGACAAAUGCGUGAAGAUGUGAAGGAGUGGGUAUCCUUAUAUGCGCAACAGCACGUUGCUCAUGUUGAUACUCGAUGGAAGUUCAUUACCCCCGCUGCGCCACAUCAUGGUGGUAUCUGGGAAGCAGCGGUCCGCUCGGCCAAGAAGCAUUUACUUCGCAUUAUGGGCCAACACUCAUUGCGAUAUCAUGAGCUCUUAACGCUAUUGACAAGGAUUGAAGCUUGUCUUAAUUCACGACCAAUUGUAGUCUUACAUGAUGACCCCGAAGGAGGACUAGCCUUAACGCCAAGUGAUUUCAUAAGUGGCCGACCAAUAAAUUGCCGUCCUGAGCCACCGCUACCAGAUAUACCGCACAACCGCCUCCAUUAUUGGCAGCGCUUGCAAGUAAUGUUCGAACAAUUUUGGAAACGCUGGCAAAAUGAAUAUCUGAAUUCGCUUCAGGCCCGUACCAAGUGGAUGAGGCCUGAACCAAACCUCCAAAUAGGAGAUAUCGUACUUAUUCCAAAUGAGAAUUUUCCACCCGCUCGUAUCACGGACACCCAUCCAGGCAGCGAUGGUCUUGUCCGCGUCAUUACGAUAGAAUACAAUGGAGAUCGGUUGACGGACGAAGGCAUGCACGUCAAACGCCACUGUCAACGUCCUGUAAGGUAA